UCGGAUUACCGCCGCCGCCGCUCCAGUGCCCGCGCCAAGGCUGCGCCGCGAACUGCCCGCGCCGCGCCCCCAGCCCCACCGAACCAUGGCCCGUGCCGCCUGCCCUCGGCCCGCAACCCCGGAACGCGGUCCAGCCGGCCGCUGAGAGCGCGGCCCUGAGGCGGGAGCCCAGGAGCAGCCCCAGAGCAUUGGCCCGGCCCCUCCCCUGCGCGGCUCCCCGCGCCCCUUGCGCGCCCUGCUGCCGCGCGCCCGGCCCCAGCAUGGAGACGGCAGAGAAGGAGUGCGGCGCCUUGGGCGGGCUCUUCCAGGCCAUCGUCAACGACAUGAAGAGCUCCUACCCCAUCUGGGAGGACUUCAACUCGAAGGCUGCGAAACUCCACUCUCAGCUGAGGACCACCGUGCUGGCUGCUGUGGCCUUCCUAGAUGCCUUCCAGAAAGUAGCUGACAUGGCCACCAACACCCGAGGGGCCACGCGGGACAUUGGCUCAGCACUCACGCGCAUGUGCAUGCGCCACCGCAGCAUCGAGACCAAGCUGCGGCAGUUCACCAACGCACUGCUGGAGAGUCUCAUCAAUCCACUGCAGGAACGCAUCGAAGACUGGAAGAAGUCAGCCAACCAACUGGACAAGGACCAUGCGAAAGAGUAUAAACGAGCCAGGCAUGAAAUCAAGAAAAAGUCAUCCGACACGCUGAAACUGCAGAAGAAAGCACGCAAAGGGAAAGGAGACCUGCAGCCCCAGCUGGACAGCGCACUGCAAGACGUCAGUGACAUGUACCUGCUACUGGAAGAGACAGAGAAGCAGGCCGUGCGCCGCGCGCUGAUUGAAGAGCGGGGUCGCUUCUGCACCUUCAUCACUUUUCUUCAGCCUGUGGUGAACGGCGAGCUGACCAUGCUGGGAGAGAUCACCCACCUGCAGGGCAUCAUCGACGACCUGGUGGUGCUCACAGCAGAACCUCACAAGCUGCCUCCCGCCAGUGAGCAGGUGAUCAAAGACUUGAAGGGCUCUGACUACAGCUGGUCAUACCAGACACCACCCUCCUCACCUAGCAGCUCCAGCUCCCGGAAGUCCAGCAUGUGCAGUGCCCCCAGCAGCAGUAGCAGUGCCAAGGGUGGCGGAGCCUCGUGGCCUGGGGGUGCCCAAACAUACUCACCCAGUUCCACCUGUCGCUACCGCAGCCUGGCGCAGCCAGCCGCCACCCGCCUCUCCAGUGUCUCUUCCCACGACUCUGGCUUCGUCUCCCAGGAUGCCACCUACUCCAAGCCCCCUUCUCCCAUGCCUCCAGACGUCACCAGCCAGAAGUCCUCCAGCUCUGCGUCCUCCGAGGCCUCAGAAACCUGCCAGUCGGUUAGCGAGUGCAGUUCCCCCACCUCGGACUGGACCAAGGUGGGACCCCAUGAACAACCCUCAGCCACCACCCUGCAGCGGAGGAAGGAUCGUGUGGAGCUUCUCCGAGAAGCUGAGCCAGGCCCUACUGGUGGAGGCACUGUGGGCUCCAGCGGAGAGGAGGUCCCACGACCCCGAAUGUCCCCUGCCACCAUAGCAGCCAAACAUGGUGAGGAGGUGUCCCCUGCCGCCAGUGACCUGGCCAUGGUGCUGACCCGUGGACUGAGCCUGGAACACCAGAAGAGCAGCCGGGACUCCCUGCAGUACUCCAGUGGUUACAGCACACAGACCACCACGCCUUCCUGCUCCGAGGACACCAUCCCCUCCCAAGGCUCAGACUAUGACUGCUACUCUGUGAAUGGGGAUGCAGACAGCGAGGGUCCCCCCGAGUUUGACAAAUCAUCCACCAUUCCUCGGAACAGCAACAUUGCCCAGAACUACCGCCGCCUGAUCCAGACCAAGCGCCCAGCCUCCACCGCGGGGCUGCCCACCGCGGGGCUGCCCACAGCCAUGGGGCUGCCCUCGGGUGCACCUCCUGGUGUGGCCACCAUCCGACGCACACCCUCUACCAAGCCCACCGUGCGCCGCGCCCUGUCCAGUGCCGGCCCCAUCCCCAUCCGCCCACCCAUUGUCCCUGUGAAGACACCCACAGUGCCCGACUCCCCUGGCUAUGUGGGGCCCACACGGGCAGGCAGCGAGGAGUGUGUCUUCUACACAGACGACAUGGCUUCACCUCUGGCUCCAGACCUGGCCAAAGCCUCCCCAAAGAGGCUCAGCCUGCCCAACACAGCCUGGGGCAGCCCAUCCCCGGAGGCAGCUAGCUACAGCGGGCCUGCGGCUGGGCUGACCACUGAGGACGAUGAAGAGCAGCAGCUGGCUGCCAACAGACACAGCCUGGUAGAGAAGCUUGGGGAGCUGGUGGCCGGUGCGCAUGCCCUGGGUGAGGGCCAGUUCCCCUUCCCUACUGCCCUGUCAGCUACACCCUCGGAGGAGACACCUACCCCACCCCCUGCCGCCUCCAGUGAUCCCCCAGCCGAAGACAUGUUGGUGGCCAUUCGGCGUGGGGUCCGGCUCCGCAGGACCGUCACCAACGACAGGUCAGCACCCCGCAUCUUAUGAUGAUGCCACCCUCUCCUCCUUGUCUGGGCCUGGCACAAGUAGGUGGCCUGCUCUGUGUGAGUGGCAGCCAGCCACCCUGAGCUG